CUCGACGCGACGCGUCCUGCCUCGCUCGUACCCACCAUGGCUGCCUACCCGAUAUCGUGGAAGGGGAAGGGGAAGGCGACCAAUAAUGACUUUGACCUCGAUCCGACCGUCACCUAUCGCCAGCUGCAUAGCUCGAACCUGGGCGUGCGCGAUCCCCUGAGGGUGGUGGCGCUGUGCGAUAGCGAUGCGUUCUAUGCGGCGUGCGAGAUGGUCAGGCUGGGGGUGGAUAAGGAGCAGCCGUUAGUUGUGCUGCAGUGGAAUGCGCUCAUCGCGGUGAACUAUCCUGCGCGGAAGUAUGGCAUCUCGCGAAUGGACAAGCUACAAGACGCCCUGAAGCGCUGUCCGCAUCUGAAGGUUGUGCAUGUGGCGACAUACAAGGAGGGCGAGAAAGAGCCUGGCUACUGGGAUGAUGUGGAUACAAAGACGCAUAAGGUCUCCCUCGACUUCUACCGCCGCGAGAGCACGAAGAUGCAGAGUCUCUUCAAGGAGCUGCUUCCGGACGUCGAGAUAGAAAAAGCCUCCAUCGACGAAGCCUUCUUCGACUUCACCAAGCUCGCCAAGGCCAAGCUCCUCGAGCGCUUCCCCUACCUCGCCUCCGUCCCCCACGACGCGCCAAGGGGGGCGGACAGUCCGCUUCCUCCUCCUCCUCCAUUAUCAUGGGAAGGGCUGGGCACGGUCAUCCCGGUACACCCUCCGCCGGACAAAGAGAAAGAGAGAGGGAAGCAGGGCGAGGACGAACACAAGGACGAGGACGAGGUCGAUGCACCCGAAUCAGAGGACGAUGCACCCAACCUGGAGGACGAUCCAACGACGUGGCACGAUCAUGCUCUGGCUAUCGCGGCGGAAUACAUGCUGAAGGCGAAGGAGGAGAUAUAUGCGCGGUUGGGGUAUACGACGAGUGCGGGCAUCGGGCGAAAUAAGUUCCUGGCGAAGCUGACGGCCUCGUAUCGGAAACCUCGGGGCCUGAACGUCCUCCGCAACGCAGCGAUCCCAAACUACCUCAGGCCGUUGCCUUUUCAGAAGGCGGGUACCUCAUUUUCUAUCCGAUUCCUGGGCGGCAAGCUCGGCAAGGCGAUCGCCCAGGAGUACGAUGCGUCGACGGUGGGGGAUUUGUUUGUUGACGCCCCCGUUACAGAGGAGAUGCAGCAGAAGUUCGGCGAGGAGUCAAUCUGGGUGUACGAGGUGCUUCGGGGCAUUGAUAGGAACGAAGUCAAAGAGAAGACCGCCCUAUUCAAGAGCAUGCUGGCCUCGAAGAACCUGCCCAAGCCCAUCACCAACGCCGCCGACGGACAUCAGUGGUUGCGGGUGCUCGCUGCCGAGCUAGCACUGCGGUUGAAGGACGCAAGGCUGGAGAGCCCAAAUUUGUGGCCGAAGACGCUGGUGCUGCAUGCGAGAAAAGGCUACGACACCGGACGCUCGAAGCAGGCUCCAUUCCCCUUCACCAACGAGGCCACCGUCGACUACAUCGCGCGCCUAGCGGACAAGCUCUGGUCAGAGCUCGUCGGGAGUGCGACGACUGCACUGAAUGUCUCGUCGGUGCAGCUGGCGUUCACGGGUAUAGGCAACUCGGAAGCGGGGCAGCAGAGCAUCUCUGGAUUUUUCGCGAACGCCAAGCCGGCGAGUAGCACCCCCGCAAAGCCAGGAAGCAGGGUUGACGUCGACGACACGCUCGAUUCGGGCGGCGGCACGCGCGACUCGGACGCGGCUUUCCGCUGCGCGCGUUGCCGGAAAGAUAUCGCGUUGCCAUAUCGACCUGACGAUGCGGGUGACCGUGCGAGUGCGCUUGCCGCGCUACGCCUGGAGCACGAUGAUUUCCACUUUGCGCAGGACCUGGCCAGGAGCGAGCGCGUCACGCCUACACCUGCACCCGUCCGGCCCACCAAAAAGCGGAAAAAGGGAGGGAAGGCGGAGGGGAUAGAGAAGUUCUUCGCGCGUAAAUGAUACCCAUAUAGAGAUAUGCAUGGACCCCGGUUGUUGCUAGGCCUGGGCGACUAAUGCACUUCUCGGCCUGGGAAACGAGUUCGGG